ACUUCCCAUAAACGCCGCUUCACAACAGUCCAGAGACCCGAGAAAAGCACCGGAUUGCUCUCAUACUGCCACUAAAAGAGACACAGAGGCGCGUUUCCCCACAUAAAUGGAGGCACGACCAUUGGGCGCCAUCAAACAGCCCUAAACCUUUAAACAUGGUGAAGGACCAAGAAGUGGAGCGCAUCGCCAAAAAGCUGGACAAAAUGGUGCACAAGAAGAACACGGAUGGUGCCAUUGAUCUUCUCCGAGAGCUGAAGAACAUGAAAAUGUCUCUGGAGACCCUACAGUCCACCCGGAUUGGAAUGUCCGUGAACGCGGUGCGGAAACAGAGCUCGGAAGAGGAGGUCCAGACUCUGGCGAAAUCACUCAUCAAGGCCUGGAAGAAACUGCUGGAUGGAGCGGAGGGUAAAUCAGAGGAGAAGAAAAAAGUAGGAUCUCCUCUCCAGUCGUCCUCUUCUAAAGACUCUCCAGGAUCCAGUGACACCAGUAACAAACCGGAGACGCCUAAAACUCCCACAACCCCGGUAACCCCCAAGUUUACCUCCUUCCCACCUACCCCUGUUACGACGGACAGCGUGCGGACUAAAUGCAGGGAGUUGCUGGUGCAAGCCCUGCAGACAGAUGGUGAUUACCAAACUAUUGGAGCAGACUGUGAACAUCUGGCAGCACAGAUUGAAGAUUCCAUCUACCAGGAGUUUAAAUCUACUGACAUAAAAUAUAAGACCAGAUUGAGGAGUCGCAUCUCCAACCUCAAGGACCAAAAAAACCCAGAUUUACGCCGGAACGUUCUGUGUGGCAACAUUGCAGCGGACCGGAUCGCCAGCAUGACUGCAGAAGAGAUGGCAAGCGCAGAGCUGAAAGAGAUCAGGAAAGCGCUGACCAAGGAGUCCAUUCGAGAGCACCAGCUUUCCAAAGUGGGCGGCACAGAGACUGAUAUGUUUGUCUGCGGCAAGUGCAAGGGAAAGAACUGCACUUACACUCAGGUCCAGACACGCAGCGCUGAUGAACCCAUGACCACCUUCGUGCUGUGCAACGAGUGUGGAAACCGGUGGAAGUUUUGUUAAGACUAAAGGACCAAGAUUCUUCAUAUGAAGAGAUGAUCUAAAAGUCAAUAGUGUAAGAAAAUACUUUUCUUUUGAGAAAAAAAAUGGAUGUCUUUUUUAUACAUUUCAUUUUCAUAGCUUUGUAAUAUAUAAUGUGAGUGUUGCUACUUAAAAAGCACUUUCUGUAUUUCUUUUUUUUACUGGUGUAAUAUCAUUAACAUUACGCACUGCCGAUAACAUAGACCUAGUAAGUCAGCUGGCUUGAUGACUUUUGCUUUCUGCCUUUGGUAUGUGUGCCUUUCUGCUCUAUGAGUACCAAGUAAUUGCUCAAAGAAUUUGUACAUAUUCAUACUAAUGUUUUUUUUUUUUUUUUUUGAUUGUGUGCUUUUCAUAUAUGUACAUGCAAUUUAUGCAUUUCAUAGAUGAUUUAUUUAACCAAAUCGUGAUAGGUUGGUUGUGUUUCAAGAGUUUAGAAAGUCAUAAAGGAUUACCAGUAUCUGAGGAAAGUGUACGCUUUAUCCUCUAUACGGCUAGACGUGGAGCAAAUUAGAAUGGUACAUGAUUGAGAAUUCAUAUGUAUUAUAUGAAGAAGUCAACUGUUUUGUCACAGUAAAUUUGGCUAAAAUA